AUGGUGCAGAAGGAGGAACAGAUGGUGUUUGUGUAUGACAUGCUUGUUGCGGCGUUUGUGCCGAUAUAUCUUAAAUAUGGACUAGGAGUGUAG